AUGAACAAACAACUCAUACUAAACAAUUUUUUCAGUUCACAAAUUCUCCCACCAUGUUUUACUUUUGAUCUAGUUCAAUAUUUUGAUAUUGAAGACGGUGAACACGGAGAUGAUCAUUCCAGAUCUCUAGACGGCGGAGAUCCUCUCGGCUCGAUAUCCAAACAAAAUUUAUUCUCGGAAUUCCUCAAUUUUAAGAAAGCUUAUGAAAUCCUUGCCGGAGUACCGCCUACUCACCCCACGUCGGAGGACAUGCAGUGGAGAAGUCCCUCAGAACCAUCAAAAAAGCCUAGACAAACCUUGUUGGAGUACAAAUCUUACUCACCACAUGUUAGAGGACAUGCAUCGGAGUUGUCUCUUGGAAUAUGUCAAAUGGUGGGUGGUUCUAGGGUGGUGGUGACCAGUGGUGAUCGACGGUGAUGGUGGCCAACAGCCAGAAGUGAUGGUGGCCGGCGGCCAGAGGUGACGGUGAACGGAGGUGGUGGCCAGUGAUCGCAAGUAGUGGUGACCGAUGGUGGUGGUGACGGUGAUGAAGGUGGUGGUGGCGAUGGUGACAGGAGUUGAUAAUGGCUGUCCACCUGCGGUAAUGGUGGUCGGUCGCCGGAGAUGGUGGUGGUGGCUGGUGGUUGGGAGGUGGGAGUGAUGGUUGUAAGGAGGUGGGGUGGUGGUGACGGUGACAAAGGUGGUGGACAUUAUAAAAUUCUGAUGAAAUUAUGUAAUCCCACUGUAGCCAUUAUCACAUUUUUUUAAUUGUGGACAU